CGCUCCGUCAUGUUGAACGCAUAGCUGUGAGGCCAAUUGGGCUUUUUGCAGGCCAGUCCUGCGCUAAACACCGCAUACACUCCUUUUGAGCCCUCUGCUUUCCCAUGGCGCGCUUUGGCAAUGCGCGCGACCUCGGCCAGCUUUGGCUGCGGGGGACGCGUCGCGGACUGCAUACCAACGCCAGCACGACUUUCAGACCUGGCGCUUCCACCUAUAGCCGUCGAUAUGGCCCACCCAUCCUUCUCGCAACCCUCGGUGCCGGCUACUACGUAUCAGCCCACCACACUCGUCCCAUACAGCUCGAUGCGCCAUCUGCAUGGUCAUCUUGGAGUCCCACCGUAUCUCGUUCUCAGGCUCGAAACAGCGCGAGUGCCGCGGCGAAGAAGGCCGAGCCUGAGAAGAGUGACCAGGACGAAGACAGGCCUGGCGAGCAGGAGGCUCCACCACAGACACGAGUCGCGCAGGGCUACAGUGGAGAGGAAGAGAAAGCUGGAGGCGUGAAGUCAGCCUGGCAGACGAUCACGACCAGCUUCGCGAGCCCCACGACGUCGGUCACAUACAUCGGCGACUCCAUCCUGGACUAUGUCAUUCCUCACUGGGUCAAAGUUCUGCCAGGGUUCAUCAAGAAGCUGCAGAACGAGUUGUCUAUGGCGCCAGGAUCGCUCGCUGAGGAGAUCUGGUACGAGGCGAACGACCCUGAGACGCACCCUGAGAUCAUCUGGGAUGCUUCAGUGCGAGUCUCUGACCAGCUGUGCGAAGAGGAGCUGUCGUUCCGGGAGAAGAGGUCACAGUUCACCAAGGCGGCCCUCGCACGCUACCUCGACAUUCCAGAGGGCAAGAUCCACCCCGACGACGUCCCUGUCAUCGCCAUGUGUGGCUCCGGUGGAGGUCUCCGCGCCCUCGUAGCCGGCACGUCUUCAUAUCUAUCGGCUAAAGAGCACGGCCUCUUCGACUGCGUAACCUACACGGCUGGUGUCAGUGGAAGCUGCUGGCUUCAGACCCUCUACUACUCAGACAUCACCCAGCGCAGCCACGCUAAGCUCAUUCGACACCUGAAGAACAGACUCGGCGUACACAUUGCAUUCCCACCAGACGCGCUCGAGCUGCUCGUGAGCGCGCCUACAAACAAGUACCUUCUCGCUGGGCUCGUAGAAAAGGCCAAGGGCGUACCUGACGCCGACUUUGGCAUCGUUGACAUCUAUGGUGCACUCCUCGCCGCACGCUUGCUCGUGCCGAAGGGUGAACUGUCUGUCAGCGAAUAUGACUUUAAAAUCUCGAAUCAGCGACGCUUCACCGACGACGGCUCGCAGCCUCUACCCAUCUACACCGCAGUACGGCACGAGAUACCUCUCGCUGAGCAGAUCGACACAAAAGACCCUGUAGCUGCUGAGGUAAAAGCAAGGAGGGAAGCCUGGUUCCAGUGGUUCGAGUUCACGCCCUACGAGAUGUGGUGUGAAGAGCUCUCUGCUGGAAUCCCGACAUGGGCCAUGGGUCGCAAGUUCGAGAACGGACGGACCGUAUGGCGCGAGAACGGCCUUGCUCUGCCUGAAGUGCGCGUGCCAAUGCUCAUGGGCAUCUGGGGCUCCGCCUUCUGCGCAACCCUCUCACACUACUACAAGGAAGUCGGACCCUUCCUCCGUGGCCUCGCAGGCUUCGCAGCCAUCGACGCCAUGAUCGCCGAGCGCGACUCAGACCUCGUCAAAGUCCACCCCAUCGACCCGGCCUCAAUUCCCAACUACGCCCUCGGCAUGCGCGAACUCCUCCCACCCUCCUGCCCCGAGAGUAUCUUCACACACAAGAACUUCCAGUUCAUGGACGCUGGCAUGUCCAACAACCUGCCCAUCUAUCCGCUGCUGCGCCCCGGCCGCAACGUCGACAUCCUCAUCGCCUUCGACGCGAGCGCCGACGUCCGCACAGACAACUGGCUCAAAGUCGCAGACGGCUACGCGCGCCAGCGCGGCAUUAAGGGCUGGCCCGUCGGCGCCGGCUGGCCGCCCGCCGACGAAACGAUGGAGGAGAUCCAGCACGAUCUCAACGAGGCACAAGCCAGCACCGAAGCCCAAGCGAACAAGAAGAUCAAGGAAGCAAAAGCACAAGACACAGACAAUCGCAAGAAGCACAAAGACCUCGGAUACUGCAACAUCUGGGUCGGCACCACCGAAGAACGCAUCAGCAACUCGGAACCCCCCGAGUCCAAACAAGUCGAAGAAGACUGGGAGCUCAUGCACGAAAACUCCGGUAUCACGGUCGUAUACAACCCGUUCCUCGCCAACCCGAAGGUCCCCGGUGUCGAUCCGCGGAGUAGUGAUUUUAUGAGUACGUGGAAUUUUGUGUAUACGCCCGAGCAGAUUGACAGUGUUGUUGAGUUGGCGCGGACGAAUUAUCAGGAGGGGGCUGAGCGGACGAAGAGGACGGUUAGGGCGGUGUAUGAGCGGAAGAAGAAACAAAGGGAAGAGAGGGAGAGGGCGGAGGCUGAGCGGAGGUGGAGAUGGAGGCUUAGUCAGGGGAGGGUUGCGGGACAUCGAAUAGGGGAGAGUGAUCAUGGGGAUCAUUUUAGUUGA